GAAUUAAGACCAUUCAAGAACAAAGUAGGUGGACAUACGGCAAUUUUCUCGUUCUCGAAACGAGCAGUUUGUAAAGCAUUAGUUAAUCGAGAAAAUUUAUUUUAUGAAACAAUUGAAUUGAAGCGUCCUCAAUUAUUGAAAUUUAUGCCUAAAUAUAUUGGUGUUUUGAAUCAUACCCGAUUUGAACGGUUUAUAUUAUUGGAAGAUCUCACCACGAAUAUCAAGCAGCCUUGUGUGUUAGAUUUGAAAAUGGGUACCAGGCAAUAUGGAAUUGAAGCAACUUGUAAAAAACAACAAUCACAAAGAAGAAAGUGUUUGGCUACUACAUCCAGAAAAUUGGGAGUUCGAGUUUGUGGUCUUCAAAUCUAUAAAUACAAUAAUCAAAGAUUAGUGCAUGAUAAAUACUAUGGCAGAAAAAUCACUAUUGGUAAGCAGUUUUGUAAGAUCUUGGCGAAGUUUUUGUAUAACGGUCACGAUAACUAUUCCGUUAUGUUCAGGAUCCCUGAUUUGAUCGACCAAAUUAAAGAAUUGUACCUGAUUUUCCAAGAAUUACCAGGUUACAGAAUGUAUGGAUCGUCAAUCUUGCUCAUGUACGAAGGUGGAGGAGAAAGAUAUGACCAUGUCAAUGUGAAGAUUAUUGAUUUUGCCCAAUCUAUCAUAUCUGAAGAAGGAAGUCAUCAGAACGCCAAGAUCCCACCACAGCAUCCUAAUCUUGUCGAUUUGGGCUAUUUACGAGGAUUGACGUCAUUAAUCGCAUAUUUCAGAGUAAUAUUUAGAGUCAUUAGUGGAAAGAACUUUACUAAUACGGAAGACAUGAAGAUUUGGGUCAAAGAGAAUGGGAAUAGACUUAAACAUGAAAACAAUCAUUGGUUGGAUGAGUUUGCCGAACAUAUAAAUGGAGAGAUUAACGAUGAGGAAUUACCGGAUGAUCCAUUUGAUAUAGAUUAUCCUGAAUAUACCGAUGUUGAUGAUGAAGGAAUCUCCGAAUAA